CGAGAUAACAGCUCCAACAGUUGAACCAAGUGCCAGCUUGUUCGCCGCCGCAGCCUGAUGGACACGGCACUCUAACGGUCUCCUAACCCAGAGGUGCUGUCUUUGGUCUGCGAAGAGUAGUCGGAAGACUGACAUCUGCUGCAUGUGGUCGGUAGCAUGUAAACGCGUCCUGUUUGACUGUCGCUAAAGAGGAAGACUGUUUGGAGACGGGGGAGCGACGCAGCUUUCAGUCCCAGCUCACAGCGGCGGCACCAUGAGCGUCCCGCUUUACGCACCAACUCCCAUCCAGCCGGCUCAUCCUACCCCCUUCUACAUCGAGGACAUUCUCGGGAGGACUACCUCCACGACCUUCUCUCCGUCUCCUUCCUCCUCCUCCGCCUCUUCAUCCUCCUCCUGUUCCGCGCCGCUUGUCCCCACGCCGACCCUGGCGUCGCCCAACUCAUCCUUCACGAGUCUCAUCUCGCCGUACCGGACGCCGAUCUAUGAACCCACGCCAAUCCACCCGGCACUGUCGCACCACGCCGCCGGGACGUUGACGACGACGUACGCCUCCGCCGGGGCGUUCGCCGGCCCCAUCUACCCGUUCCACCACCAGCACCACCGCUCCAUGGGGGAGUACGCACAGGCUCUGCUGAGGCGCGAUCCCCUCGGGAAGCCCUUGCUGUGGACCCCCUUCCUCCAGCGACCGUUGCACAAGAGAAAGGGCGGCCAGGUGCGCUUCUCCAACGACCAGACGAUUGAGCUGGAGAAGAAGUUCGAGACGCAGAAGUACCUCUCGCCGCCGGAGAGGAAGAGACUGGCCAAGAUGCUGCAGCUCAGCGAGAGACAGGUUAAAACUUGGUUCCAAAAUCGACGCGCGAAGUGGCGAAGACUGAAACAGUCCACGAAACCCCCUGUGUCCCAUUCCCACCAGGAGAAUCCUCAGGGAGGCAAGAGGGAGCUGGAGGAGGACAGUCCCGUCGGGCGGGGUAACACCGCGGCCGAGCCGAGCGGGACGCAGAGCCCCGGGCGGAGACAGACACCCGCGGCCUCCGAGCAUGCGCAGGCGGACCGCUGCGCACGCUCCGUGUCCCCGCGGCACGCGCACACGGAGCUGGACUCUGACGUGUCAGACGACACGGACCAGGAGCUGGACAUAGAGGACGACGACGAGUGCGCGCGGCAGCCGCAGUUCUGAGGCGCUGACGCCGGAGCCCCUGGACAUUGGCACCUGGAAGACGAAGGCCAAACACACCGGGGCCCGUUCACGCAGCUCCGCGUGGACAGGCUGAAGAAAGUAGUUCCUGUCGUGACAUGUACUUCAAGUUUACACCACCGUACCAUCCUCCAUGACGUGUCUUUUUGUACAUAAAGUAUAUAGUCGUGUUGAUUGUCACUAUGUUAUGUCGACCACUGUAAAUGAAUAGUACUGUAUGUCGUCUGAAAACGCUCUUGAGUAUAUAUGCCUUUGCCUUAAAAUGUAAUAUUCCAUUCUAAAAUCAAUACACACGAAAUUAUGAUUUGGUUGGUAAUAUAAUAAUGAUAAUAAUAUGUUUUUUUUGUGGUGAGAAUAAAUGUGUCACUUUUGGAUGUAGCUGGAUCAGCUGGAAUUUGAUUGUGAUUCAUUAUUUUUUAUUUUGUGAAAUUGUAGCUACAGAAAAAAGGAAAUCGAUAAAUUACCGGUUAUGUUUUAAAUUAUUGGCAAAUUAUGAAAAUAAAAAUCAAUUCAAACAAAUCAAUAAAUCGACAUAAAAGGCUAUAAUAUUAUAAAUAGCCACAACAAGGGUUGUAGCCUACAAUUACAUAAAGUUCAUAUUGAGUCUGAGAAUUUUUUUUCCAAUACAAAAUGAUUGUGUUUACAUUGGGAAACAAAAUUUAUUUAAAAAAAAAAGUGGUAACGCAGGCUGCUUGUGUAACAAUUCAGUAUAUAUAUCCACUCUUAAAUGAGAAUGAAAUGUGUUUUGUGUACACUCUUAUUCAUUUUUUAUGAGUAUAGCCUAUGACUUUGUCCUGACAUUUUUGUAAACUUUGGGUUCAAAGAUUUUUGUAGUUUUACUAUCUUGCAACUUAAUUAUACAGAAUAAUAAAUCACUUGACUUUUUGCUUGAAUUCAGUAAAAGUAUUUCUGACA